UUUCAGUCAUCUUUAUAUUUUCUUUGGAGAAAUGUCUGCUAAGAUGCUUUGUCCAGUUUUAAUUGUGUUGUCUUUUUAUUAUUGGAUUGUAAGUUAUUUGUAUUUUCUAGUGACAAGUCCCUUAUGAGAUACAUGGUUUGCAGAUUUUUUUUCCCUCUCUGUGGAUUGGCCUUUCACUUUCUUCAUGUGCCCUUUGAAGCACAAGAAUUUUAAAUUUGUUUAUUUAUUUAUUUAUUUUUUUGUGUAAUAAAGUUUUAUUAAAGUAUAAAGGAGAUAGAGAAAGCUUCUGACAUAGGCAUCAGAAGGGGGCAAAAGAGUACCCCCUUUGCUAGUAUUAGCAAUGGAGUUAUAUACUCUCCAAUGAAUCCAAAGAAUGUCUGGAGGUUGCAAAGACCUCACCAGACCUACUCCCAUAAUUUACAUUUUAAGAUAACAGAGUUGGCCAGAAGGUUUAAUCCAAAGAUUGUCCUCAGGCAGGAUACAUCCUUGUAAAGACCAGACCUACUCCCAUAAUUUAUGUUUUAAAAUAACAGAAUUAGCCAGAGGGUUUAAUCCAAAGACUGUCCUCAGGCAGGAUACAUUAUUGUUAUAUAAUCCUAAGGAAUGUAGACGAAAAAAAGUAAAAAAGUUUGUCCUUUCUUCCUCCUUGAAUAUCCCAGACCUCUCUCUCUCCUUGGGGACCCCUAGACUUCUUAUCAACCUGCCUAGGAAAUGACUCUCUCAUUCCCCCCUUUUCUUUUAGGAGAAUUAUGUUGCCUGGGGAAAAGGGGCAUCAUUCUCAUUCUACAACUGCUUCUGAGCUGACAAGGGGCAUUGUCCCUAAAUUGAUGAGGCAACAUAUUCUCCUAAUCCUCAUAGUGAGGAUGUCUGAUCCAGGGGCCCCAAGUAAUAGUUGGAGGAGGCUGUGGCACUCAUAGGAGCUCGGACAACUAUUGGGGAUCUUCCCAACCCAGGGAUCAAACCCACGUCUCCUAUGUCUCUUGCUUUGUCAGGCGGAUUCUUCACCACUGAGCCACUUGGGAAGCCUAUUUUUAUAAAGAAGUUUUAUUGGAACAUAAUUGACAUACAGCACUGUAUAAGUUUAAUGUGGACAACGUAAUGAUUUGACAGAGUCUCUCACCAGUGACUUCUGAUGUCCCAGCAAAUGGCAUUAUCUCCAAUGGUGCUGAAAAGAUACUCCCAAGGGCCCAGCAGUGAUAGCCACAACUAACGCAGACUUGGUAGCACUCUGCUGGGAAGACCUUGAACAGGAGUGAUGCCUCCAGGCAGGUGGUACGCUGUCCACCCAGCUCAGGCCAAGGCUUCCAGGGAGCGAGGACGCCUUCAGAUGGUAAAGAAGGAAGAAGAGGAUGAAAGCUACACUUCAGUGCCGGCUGCCAGACCACAGACACUCAACCGUCCUGGCCAGGAGCUGUUCCGUCAGCUCUUCAGGCAGCUUCGCUACCACGAGUCUUCUGGGCCUCUGGAGACCCUGAGCCGGCUCCGGGAGCUGUGCCGCUGGUGGCUGAGGCCAGAUGUUCUCUCAAAGGCCCAGAUCCUGGAGCUGCUGGUGCUGGAGCAGUUCCUGAGCAUCCUGCCAGAGGAGCUCCGGACCUGGGUGCAGCUGCAUCACCCUGAGAGUGGUGGGGAGGCUGUGGCCUUGCUGGAAGAACUUCAGAGGGACUUUGAUGAGACACCAUGGAGGGACCCAGCCCCUGCCCAGAGCCCAGAUGUGCAUUGGAUGGGCACAGGAGCCCUGCGAGCCGCACAGAUAUGGCCCCCUGCUUCACCUCUCAGGAGCGGCUCGGCUCUGGGGGACCACCUGCAGCCUCCCUAUGAAAUAGGAGUGCGUGACUUCCUGGCUGGGCAACCCGAUCCUCCCGCUGCACAGGUGCCUGCCCUUUGCCUGAAGGAGGGAUGCCCAGGCAACCAGGUGACAGCCCAGCCUCAGGGGACUAUGACUUUCAAGGAUGUGGAGGUGACCUUCUCCCAGGAUGAGUGGGGAUUGCUGGACGCUUCUCAGAGGAACCUGUACAGGGAUGUGAUGUUAGAGAAUUAUGGAAACAUGGCUUCUGUGGUGGGGCCAUUCACCAAACCUGCUCUCAUCUCCUGGUUGGAGGCAAGGGAGCCAUGGGGCCUGAAUGUCCAGGUAGUUCAGUUUAAGGGGAAUCCAGGUGCUGCCCCUGCAGGAGAUGAACUCCUUGUGAAAACAGACAAGUUCAUCUUAAAGCCUGAACCUUUGGAAGAAGCAAUAACCUUAGCCAUGCCAUCAGGAUGUCAUGGUGCAGCAACUGUUUAUGAGGGACCAGGGCUCAGAGAAUCUGUUGCACAGAAGAGCAGGUUAAAGGAACGAUGUGGAAACCCCACACAAGUGAGAGUUAAGAAGGAAGAGACCGAUUCCAGCCACGGGGCAGGGAAAGACCGCGAAGAUUUGGGAAGAAGUAAUGGUCUUCAUCUAAGACAUAUUACGUAUUUGAGAGGACCCAGAAGAAAGCAGUCCCUUAAACACGGCUAUGGCAAACACUUCAGGGGAAGUUCCUACCACUAUGACUAUAAGGAGUACGGGAAAGGGCUCAGACGCAUGAUGGGUGGGUUCAGCCUACAUCAGAGAAUUCAUGCUGGGCUGAAAGGCAAGGCCAAGGAUGCACAUGGGAAGGACUUCAGCCUUAGUUCCCAUCACCAACACGGGCAGAAUCUUCACGUGGUGGGGACACUGUAUAAGUGCAGCGACUGUGGGAGGACCUUCAGUCGUAGUUCCCACCUUGUAUGUCAUCAGAGACUGCACACUCAAGAGAAGCCCUUUAAAUGCAGGGCAUGUGGGAAAGCCUUCAGGUGGAGCUCGAACCGGGUGCGACAUGAAAAAAUUCACACCAGACUGAAACCAUAUAAGUGCAGUUUAUGUGACAAAGCCUUCCGUCGCAUGUCUGUCUACCGCCUGCACCAAGAAACCCAUGCUAAGCGGAAAUAUCUUGAAUCUACUCAGGAUGAAGAAGCUCUGACCUGUGACUCAGAUUUUGAUCAUCAUUUGAGAGACCAAAGUGGGGAGAGACUCUUUGACUGCAGCCAAUGUAGGAAAUCCUUCCACUGUAAAUCGUACAUUCUUGAACAUCAAAGGAUUCACACCCAGGAGAAACCCUACAAAUGUCCCAAAUGCAGGAAAACAUUCAGGUGGAGGUCCAACUUCACUCGUCACAUGAGACUGCACCAGGAAGAGAAGUUCUAUGACCUGGACAAAUGUAGAGAAGAGUUGAGGCAGACCUCCAACUCCAGCCAGCCCCAGAGUGCCCCCACCAUGGAAAAAGCUCUUGUGUGUCAGCAGUGUGGGAAAACUUUCAUUCGAAAGAAGACUCUCAUCAAUCAUCAGAGAAUUCACACAGGCGAGAAACCAUACCGAUGCCAUGAAUGCGCAGAAGAGUUUCCUCACAGGUCAGCCUACAUUGUUCAUAAGAGGCAGCAUGCCGCUGAAAGAAAACCUGAGGACACACCCUCGUUUAGUCAUGACAGAGCAUUCCAAGUUCCUCAGACCAGUCCCGCCACAGAGGAACCCUACAAAUGCAGCCAGUGUGGCAAAGUCUUCCGCAAUCAUUCGUUCCUGCUCAUCCAUCAGAGAGUUCACACCAGAGAGAAGCCUUAUAAGUGCAAAGAGUGUGGGAAAUCUUUCAGAUGGAGUUCUAACCUCUCGAGACAUCAGAGGACUCACUCUUUGGGAAAACUAGAUGAGUACUCUGAAAGCGAAGACGCUGUAAAUCUUCAGUCACAAGUCCUCACUGGUGCAAAACCUUUUCGGUGCCAAGAAUGUGGGAAAAACUUUACACGUAAAAGAAGUCUUUUAGAUCAUGAGGGAAUACACAGUGGAGAGAAGCGCUAUAAAUGUAACCUGUGUGGGAAAUCUUAUGACAGAAAUUAUCGCCUUGUUAAUCAUCAGAGAAUUCACACUAAAGAGAGACCGUUUAAAUGUCAGUGCUGUGGGAAAGAUUUCAUUGGAAAACAUACCCUCUCCAUUCAUCAGAGAAAACACAUCAGAGCGGCCCAGUCUGAAAGUGGUGUGGCUGGGCUGUCUUCUCGCCAGGAGGCAGGGGUGAAGUUACAUGAAUUAAAAUCAGGUGAGGAGAAUCCUCUUGGAGAUGGUGAGAAAACUUGUGAUCAGAAGUCUGAACUCCCUGGACUCCAGGACAUACCCACUCGGGGAAAGUGCCACAAAUGUAGCACAUGUGGGAAAACUUUUAGCAAGAGCUCACAACUCAUCAGCCACAAGAGAUUUCAUACUCGGGAGAGGCCCUUCAAAUGCAGAGAGUGUGGGAAGACGUUUAGGUGGUCUUCAAACUUGGCUCGGCAUAUGAAAAACCAUAUUAGAGAUUAACUUGGGGUCUAACAGUUGGGGAGAGGGGGUCCUGGUUACCCUACUGGAGAACCCCUGAUGGUAGGGGAUGUGGGGCAGACCUUCACAGAGGGCCCAAUCCUUUUUUGGAAGCUUGUGGCAGAGAAUCCUGAGUAUUAAAAAAUGUAGGGCACCUCCAUCCUACUGCUGGAAAAUGAGAUGCUGGGGAAGAGCCUCAGUGGGUUUCAGAAGGAGGUUUGGGCCCCUCGAAGUGGUCUUCGCACUAUGGCCUGGAAUUUCCCCCCAGCCAGAUUUUCUUCUGUAACUCUGAAGGGAGAGACCAUUGCACUUCGUGGUGGUUCAACAGAAUGUCCGUGGCAUGGUAGGCUGUGGCUGCUGGGAACGGUCCAGUUGGAUCCUUAGUUUGCCUUUGAGUGUGACUUAUAAUGGUGUCUAGUCUAUUUGACCUGAAAAGCACCAGCAGCAGCAAGAACUAGUGUCUCCAGAUACCUCCAGGGGAGUUCCGGCUGUGUCUUCAAUCUUCACAGCUGACUUUGGGUAUUUGCUGUGGGCAUAACAGUUGUCUCAGCUGCAAGUGGAAGAGAACAUGGUCCUGGGCUUGAUCAUCUGGAGAAUGAAGCUCUCCCAUUGCCAGCUCCAUCCCCCACAUUUGAAUGGACAGCAGCAGUCCAUCUGCUAAACAAAUGCGUCAGGCAUCUUCCAUAUCAGGCCCUGUUAUGUGGGCCAUAGACCCAGCAGGGGACUGGAGCAGAAAAGUCUGCCAUCUUGGAUCUUUACAGACAAUAAGCAAAUGAGAUAUAUGUAAUGUUUUGGGUGAUGAUACGUGUUGUGGAUAGAAUGAAUCAGCAGAGUGAGAGGGAAUGCUGGGUUGGAAGGUGGAUUGGGAUUUUAAAUAGGCUGGUCAGGGAGGGUGUCAACUGAGAAGGUCAGAUUUGAACAAGGACCCGAAAGAGAUCAUGGAGGAAGCCACGUAGGUCCCUUGUUCCUACUUGGGAGCCUUCACAGGAGGUAGUCUCCUUAGGGAAUGGCCCAUAGGCCCCUGAACCAAAGUGAAGUGAGCCAUCUGGAAGGGAGAAGCCCAGAAA